GGCGGCGCCUACGUGCGUGAUUGGCACCGUGUUCGCUUGGCAGUCUGUUGCGGGACCAGGACAGAGACGACCGAGGGGGGGUCUGAUUGUCUUUGAAUGUCCAACCGGGACGUUUGGACACCCACCGCGCGGUAAAGGAGUCAGGCAGCCAGGAAGGCCGACGCUGUUCUACAACCGAGUGGAAAAAGAGGCUGAGCAGUUCCGGACAACCGGACCAGAGAACAGACUACAGUAGUUGCACAACUGCGGGUGGUUGGACCGGUUUGCAUACUUGUGGCAGCGGGGAGGAAGAAGGAGGAGGCCUCGGCGAUGGUCACGGCCAUGGAGGAUGCCAAUGCGGCGCGGAAGGAGGAGGCGCCGCAAGAGGGGACGCCCCUGGGGCAGCCUGGAGUGGAGGCGCCUCCUGCGGCCGUCCAGGCCAACCAGGGAGCAGACACAUCUGGAGCCGUGCAGCAGGUGUCAGACAAUCUAAGUGAGCUUCCCACCACCGGGGGCGCCAAAGACAUCGACCUGCUCUUCCUGCGCGGCAUCAUGGAAAGUCCCAUUGCUCAUGAACAGCUGGAGGAGGUGAAGCUGGAGGCCGUGCAGGACAACAACAUGGAGCUGGUGACGGAGAUCCUGGGCGAUAUCAGCAGCCUCAAAGUCAAAGACGACAGCGCGGCCGAACUGUCCAAGAUCCUGCAGGAGCCGCACUUCCAGUCUCUUCUCGAGGCACAUGACAUGGUGGCCUCCAAGUGCUACGAAGUCCCGCCCCCGGCCGAGAUGACCAAUGACGCAGCAGUGAACAGCGCGCUGAUGCAGGCGGAUGCCGUGCGCAUGAUCGGCAUCCGAAAGAAGGCCGGGGAGCCUCUGGGCGUAACCUUUCGCGUGGAGAAAGACGACUUGGUCAUCGCCCGAAUUCUCCACGGCGGCAUGAUUGACAGGCAGGGGCUACUUCACGUCGGCGACAUCAUCAAGGAAGUGAACGGCAAGGACGUGGGCAACAAUCCCACCGAGCUGCAGGAAAUGCUGAAGGACUGCAGCGGGGGGAUCACCCUCAAAAUACUCCCGAGCUACCGCGACGCCCCUGCACCCCCGCAGGUCUACGUGCGGCCAUACUUUGACUACGACCCGGCCAACGACAACCUUAUCCCUUGUCGGGAAGCGGGCAUGGCUUUCAAGAGAGCUGACAUCCUUCAGAUUGUCAACAGAGAAGAUCCCAACUGGUGGCAGGCGUGUCAUGUGGUGGGCGGGGCCACAGGACUGAUACCCAGCCAGUUCUUGGAGGAGAAGAGGAAAGCUUUUGUUCCCCGGGACUUUGAUGGAUCAGGCAUCCUGUGCGGCACCAUCGCUGGGAAGAAGAAGAAGAAGAUGAUGUAUCUGACAGCCAAGAAUGCAGAGUUCGACAGGCACGAGUUGCAGAUCUACGAGGAGGUAGCAAAAGUCCCCCCAUUCCAGAGAAAGACACUCGUUCUGAUUGGUGCUCAGGGAGUGGGCCGACGAAGCCUGAAGAACCGACUCAUGGUCCUCCAACCCAGCCGUUUCGGCACCACUAUACCAUACACGUCCCGGCGGCCACGUGACGAGGAGCUGGACGGCAACUCCUACCACUUCACCUCCAGGACGGAAAUGGAGGUGGACGUGAAGGCCGGCCGCUUCCUGGAGCACGGCGAGUAUGACGGCAACCUGUACGGUACCAAGAUAGAGUCCAUUCACGAGGUGGUGGCCACGGGGCGGACGUGUAUCCUGGAUGUCAACCCACAGGCUCUAAAGGUCCUAAAGACGGCAGAGUUCAUGCCUUACGUGGUGUUCAUCGCCGCGCCUGAUUUUGACACGCUCAAGGCCAUGCACAAAGCCGUGGUGGACGCCGGCCUCACCACCAAGCAGCUCACGGAUGUGGACCUGAGGAAGACGGUGGACGAGAGCGCCCGCAUCCAGAGGGCGUACGGCCACUACUUUGACCUCACCAUCGUCAACGACAACCUGGACAAAGCCUUCGAGACGUUACAGGCCGCCGUGGAUAAACUGUGCGGUGAACCUCAGUGGGUCCCCGUCAACUGGGUGUACUGAGAACACGUUCGUGUGUGCACAUCUCGAACCGCAAGGGCCGAAGAGGAAAAACCAAGAGCUACUCCUGUAAAAUAACACAAAUAUUCCUGCUAUAUCGUCUCGAUCUCCAUCCUCUGGAGCUUGCACGCCUGCAGCUUUUUUCUAUUUGUAAGUCAAAGGGAAAGAGCGCUUAUUUAUUUUAUAACUUUUUAUCAAAGAUCUUUCUAUUCAAUGUGGAUUUGCAGCACAAAUGAAAGAUCGGGGGCAAUUUUUAAAUAAUUUAUUUAUUGUAGUUCUUUGGUCUUUUUGUGAGUUAAAUAUCUUUGUUAGCCUGCGAUGGCAAUAGACAUAUUUAGAGACUUAGCUUUAAUAUAACGAGGGAGAUGACAGGAAGAGAACAUCGUGGAUGUAAACAUGGCGAACAUUUCAAUGUUCAUGAUCAAACACUGUUGAUUUUUUUUUUGUAGUUUUUGUUAAAUGUUGUUUUUAGUGUACUUUUGUCACCAACGAUCCUGCCUGCUUGUCUGGACUACAACCUUUUCCAAGCCAACAUGUUCCUACAACGUUGCACAAAAAAAAGGUCCUCACGUCUGCCUAUUCUUCACUUCAACUUGGACGCGCUAAGGGGGAAAGCUCUGUUUAGACUGCAGAAGAAAAUGUCAUUUCAUUCAAGUGUAUGUCUUUAUUUAUUCACACUAGUUUGUUUUUUGUUUUUUAAAAUCCCGGUGGUGCCACAUUGUAGACAACCUGCUGCCUGUUUGGAAGUGUUUUCAUAAAUCACCCAAAUGUGUUUCUACAUUUUUAUCUGCAAAUUUAAAAUAAAUAAAAGGUGAUUGCGUUUCACAAUUGGUAAAAAAAAAAUACU